UCAUCAGCACCAUACAUAGAUAAACCAAAUAUAAGUUGCUAGCUAUAUACACAAAUAUAUACACACAGAUAUAAAUAUACUAGCUAUAGAAAUGUCGAAUGACUCCUUGAUUACGGGAAGGGUGGUAGGAGACGUGCUGGACCCCUUCCGUAGCACCGUGGAUCUCGAGGUCCUGUUCAACGGCAGGCCCAUCGUCAACGGCAAGGAGUUCCGCACGCCGGCGGUCUCGGACAAACCGAGGGUCGAGAUCGGAGGCGAGGACCUCAGCGUAACAUAUACACUAGUCAUGGUGGAUCCCGACGCCCCUAACCCGAGCAAUCCAACCUUGAGGGAGUAUUUGCACUGGAUGGUGACCGAUAUCCCAGCAUCAACAGAUGACACGUACGGGCGUGAGGUGGUGUGCUACGAGAGCCCGGCCCCGGCGACGGGGAUCCACCGCAUGGUGCUGGUGCUGUUCAGGCAGCUGGGCCGGGACACGGUGUUGCCGCCGUCUAUGCGCCACAACUUCAACACGCGGGCCUUCGCCCGCCGCUACAACCUCGGCGCCCCCGUCGCCGCCAAGUACUUCAACUGCCAGCGCCAGGCCGGCUCCGGAGGGCCCAAGUUCACCGGCCCAUAUACCAGCCGCCGCCACCCAUGAAGUAUCAAGACUAUUAUGAAUAAACGAAUAAAAACGUAUGCCUAGCUAGCUAGCAUCACCUAGACAUAUAAUCAUAUUUGUA